GGCGGCGACAAAGCGAGUCCGGCGCGAUGGGCGACUGGCGGGUGCUGGUGGAGGCCGUGGUGCGGGGCGGGCGCGUGGAGGACGUGGCCGUGGUGGGCCACUCCGCCAACCGCUGCGUCUGGGCCUCCAGGCCCGGGGGGCUGCUGGCCGCCAUCUCCCCGCAGGAGGUGGGCCUGCUGACCGGGCCCGACCACCGGGCCUUCCUCCUGGACGGCUUCCGCCUGGCCGGCCGGCGCUGCUACAUCAUCCGCGACCACCUGCUGCUGGACGGCGACGGUGUACUGGACGGCCGGACCGCCGGGCGGGACGGCAGGGCCGUGUGCGUGGGCCGCACCCCCAAGGCCCUCGUCGUGCUGCUGGGCCGGAGGGGCGUCCACGGUGGGAUGCUCAACAAGACCGCCCACACCCUCAUCCGACUCCUCCAGUCCCAAGGCACCUAGACAGUAGCCGGGGGCGAGGCCCCGAGCCCCAAUAAAGCCCGCUCAUUCAUUCA